CAAUUAAGCGUGUGUUAGUUGUGUACCAUCCAGGCAGGCACCAGAAGUGGGUGUGAUUGUAAUCUCACACUAUUUAUAACCAAGAACCAGAAUUUCCCCGAGUGCAAAUAGAGGGAUCUCACGUUCGAGUUGAAUGUAGUUUUGCUGCAAAAACAACUGAUGGACCAACUUCCUUCCAGCUCCCGCCUCAGGUCAUCCUGUGUGAAACUUUAUCUGUGCUCUAACCCUGCAGAUACUGUGGUGGAGCGCAAAGCUCUGAGAGAGGUUGUGUUCCCAAAACUUGAAGAGCAUUGCAGACACACACUGGGAGUGGACCUAAGGGUGAUCGACCCAUACGAGUCCAGUCAUCCCAGCCAGUGGCCAGAUGAAAACACCCGAAAAGCCCUGAUAAAAGAAUGCAGAGAAAGCUCCACCGGGCCGUUUUUUCUGGCUCUGAUAGGACAUGACUACGGGAGGCCCAAUCUUCCUGCCUUGGUGGAGGUAUCACACUUCCAUAUGUUACUGCAGCAGAUCCAGCAGGCGGGCCUCAGCACCAGACAACUGGAGAAAGUUUACCACAGAGAUGAGAACACCUGUCCACCAUCAUUUUGUUUGAGAACCACCUGUGGGCCUCAGGAGGAUUUGAUGACACUUUUUGAGACUGCUGUGAGUCUGUGUGUGGACAAGCAGCUUCUGACUGAAGAAGAAGCCGUCACUUUCAACCGAUCAGUCCUUGAUGGAGAUCUUCGUUUUGCUCUGGAAAACUGCCCUCGUAACGACAUCCUCAGACGUUGCCUUGUUUACGUGCACAAGGUUGUCAAUCCAAAGGUGGGACAAGAGGCGAGAAGACAGAGUGGUUCCAAACUACAUAAAGUAGAGGCUUCUUAUCCUGCAACAUCUUCAUCAAGCGAGGGGGAUUUACUCUCAGAUCUGAUUGACAACUUCCUGAGGGGUCUUGUUGACUCAUGCCAGCUUGCGGCCUUCACAAGCACCACAGAGUGUGACCCUCGCUACGGUUACACUACUGCCAGGAGGCGGGGCUACGCAGAAGUACUCUGUCAUCAGGUGCAUUCUGACCUGAUGAGACUAAUUGACAGUUCAGUCACAAAUGUUGUGAAAAUGGGAAGCUGUUACCUCAGUCAUGCUUUGGCCAGAGAGGGAGUGGAGCAGGAAGAACACUGCGCCGAACUGUCGAGAUUUUAUGAUGUCAUACGGCCAGAGGCGGACCAGAUUCAAGCCUACGUGCAGCAGAGUGACAACGGGUGUCCGCUAGUACUUACAGGAGGUCCUUGUGCAGGGAAAAGUGUACUGCUUGCUCAUUGUGCUCAGCAGAUGAAGUACUGGCUCCCUGAUGUUGAUCCUGUUGUGAUAACCUUUUUUAAUCACUUUCCACACCCGCCUUCAGUGGUGCGCCUACUGUCCAGCUUGUGUUAUCAAAUCAUCAGGAUUUAUGAUCAAGCAUCAUCUGCAGAAGACGUUUCCCUCAGUGAGCACAGAGACAAUGAGUCUAGCAUAACCCCAACAUGGAACGCUGACCUAAACCUGAAGACUGUGCUUAGAUCCAUCAAAAAACCUGACAUGGGCCUUAAUGAAGUAACACAAUGUCUGUGCUUCGUCCUUUCCCUCCUGCCAUCUCCCAAACAACCUUUAGUUCUAAUCUUGGAUGGAGUGGAUCAAAUGGGGCAUCACUUUGCCGUUGAACUCAUAGAAAGAAUGCCCUCCCCUCUUCUUCCCAGAGUCAAACUCAUCCUCAGUAUCUCCUCAAACCAAACUGGAAUCAUACAGCUCAUCAAGCAACGUUACCGACAGUGUGGUACACAAGGAUGUGUGUCAGAGGGUCCUAAGUGUGUGCCGCUGGCGUCUGCAGACAGGAAGCAGUGUUUUCAGAUGUUGAUGUCACAGCUGAGCAGUUCAGGGAGGAGAGUAACCUCAGGACAACUGGUGCUGGUGAACAAGGCACUGACCUCCUGUUGUCUCCCCCUCUACGUCCGUCUGCUACACAGACACACAUCACUGUGGUGCUCAGAUUCGGAUGUGUUGGAGUCGUGUCUCCCGGAUAGCAUCCAUUCAUCCAUUACUGCCUUGCUUAAUCACCUGGAACACGAAUAUACUUCCUGUUUGGUGUCCCGUGCCGUCUCUUACCUCACCCUCUGCAGCACAGGCCUCACAGAAGGAGAACUUGCGGCUCUUUUGUCAAGAGUUGAAUCAUGUCAGGUCACACAAGUGGAUGUGGAGAGACUGCUUCUAGACUUGAGUGGCUUUCUCAUCAGGAGAACAGCCAUGGGGUGUCAGGUGUUGUUCUGGGUGAGCAGACAUUUUGGAUUGGUUGUGGCUAAGACAUAUUUAUGCACAGGAGAAGCCAGAGGAGAAAUUCAUUCGGAGAUGGCCGACUAUUUCAGUCGAGGAUUGGACUUUGCAAGCACCCCUGCACAGAACACAGAACGAGGAGACAGAAAUACAGAAGAGCAACCCUCACUCAGAGACCUUGCUAAUGCCAGAGGAGCUCUUGAAUUGAUGCAUCACUUGCGAGAAAGCAACAGGCUGGAGAUAAGAAUUAAGGUGUUGCUCUCAUGGAGGUUCCACCGUGUUUUGGUGCAGGCUGGACUCCUGAGAGAUCUCGUGGCCAUGUUGAGACAGGAUGAGGGGAAGGAAUCGAGGAACUUUCUCAGGGAACGCACACUCCUUGCGAGCAUAUUUACGUCUUCAUCCUGCCUCCUGGAAAGCGCUCCCGUGGAGCUACCUACACUGAUUGAAGCCAGCCUCCUCCCAUAUGUGGAGCUCUUCCCUGUGCUCAAAGAUUAUGUCCGAGAGAUCAGGAUGAGAAGUCGCGGAUUGACGGCGGUGCUUUCUCCCGCUCCCGACACUGUCGUCUGUCUUUGGCGUCUUGAGCUUGAUAACGUAGCAAAGCAUCUGUCUGUGAUUGCAGCAGCAGGGACGCAUUCUGGGACGGUUGCAGAGCUUAUGAGUGAUGGCUCAGCGUGGAUACGGAGAGACGUGGGCAGUGGUAUUGUGCGGCUAUCGCUCAGUCAAGAAAAGAGCGAAAUCAAGUUUGCAGGGAUGAAAAGCAGCCAUGGAUUCUUGCUAUUUUCCACCCUGUGCAACAAGCUCUUCUUAUAUGAUGACACAGCUCCUGACAUGCUUGUCGAGGUUAAAAGCGCACACACGUUAAACUUACUUGAGGGAUUUGUGGCUUGUGAGAAACAGUUAUGCAUGUGGUGGAAGAGGGAACAUGUCGUGGACGUGUUCGAUGCCUCCAGUGCGACUCUGUCCAACUUUCACUGUCAGAGCUGUGUAACCUGCGUGGUGUUCUCCUCCGGUGGCUCUCACGUGUACUGCGGUCAAGAGGAAGGCACUGUGUCAAUUUUUGAUAUACAUCACCACAGCCUCCUUUUAUCUUGUUCAAACUCAAACCAAACUGCCAUUGUGUCAAUCAUCCUUAGUGAAAAUAAUCAGGAAAUCGCUUGCAUUGGAAAGACGGGAUGUGUGACAUUAUGGGAUGUUAUUGCUGACAAACAAUCCAAACCAAGACUUGUUAAAGAAAGCUCUAAUGAGAUUGAAUGUAAUGACAUCCUUAAUAUUGAUUACUCGGAUGAAUGUAGCAGCUUAUUAUUGUGUCAUAAUAAGUAUAUUACAGUGUGGGAUACAUGUGAGUGGGAGAUGUGUGACCAGUUCUUGGCUCCACACGAUGGAGCCUUCAUUCAAGCUGUGUUCUCACAAGAUGGACACCUAUUCCUGGCUUUACUCGAUGCUUGUCCCCGAGUGUUAGUGUGGAUGGUGAGCACAGGGUUGUGUGUUCUCUCCUUAGACACCCACGAGCCACCUCGUAUUCUCCUCAAAACCACCUCAGAAAUCGUAUGUGUCGCUGACGACGGCCGCCUUUCGGGAUGGGACUCUGGGAUGAUUUAUUUUGCGGGUGCAGCUCCAAAAAUGGGAUGCGGUGUGGAAGAAGUAGUGAUGGAGCAAACAGGGUGUUGGUUCUACACAGCAGAUGGGUCAGAGAUGGUGUGGAGAUGGAAAGUCGAGACAGGUCUUCCACAUUCUAACUUCCUCCAUGAUAGUCCUGUGAAAAAGGUGCGUCUCAGUCGGGAUGAUGUUACACUUGUGACACUCUCAGGGGAGGAAAUUUACGUUUGGCGGACAGAAACGGGGCAGAAUAUCGUCCGUAUUUGCGGCAGCGCAGCUACAGAUAUUCUCAUCACACCUAAUUCUAAUUUUGGUGUCAGCAUCUCUGAGCAAGGGCUCUCUCGGGUUUGGAAACUUGCACAUGGAAGUGUUGUAUGCACUAUACACCUGUACCUUUGUGAUGCACAGGUGUCACCUGAGAGCACCUUUCUCAUCGGCCGCCAUAGUGGAAACCUGCUGGCUGCCAGCUUGUGGUCUGGUAUGAUCAGUAAGCGUUUCUCUCGAGAGAAAAGCUCAGAAGACGUUGUCGCUUUCCACACACUUUCACAGCACCCUGAUUUUGUGGUCGUGAUGGUCGCUUCGGGAGUUAUAUACACCUGGAAGAUGUCCGAUGAGACCGUAUGCAGACAUUUUCAGUUGCCGGAGACAUUUUACUGUCAGCCGCAACACUUUCAGAUGACAUCUGAUGGGAGCUUUGCUUUGCUGUCUACUGAUAAUGCAGCCGUCACGCUCUUGGAUGUGUCUCAGGUCAGACUGUGCUCUUUUAAGGCUGAGGGUUCUGUCAUGAAAGCCUGCUUGGAUGAGGCUGGGUGCUACAUUGCCUACAUAUCACAUCCCACAAGGCAGGAGAAGGGCUGUGCCUGCACACUUCAUACACAACCUAUUCUUACUAUUGUACAACUUUCUGAUGGUAAAAAAGUAGGCCGCGUGUUUCUGUGUAAGGAUCCAUUGACCCUGCUUAUACAUGGCCGGCAGUAUGUCUUUGUGGGUUUUCGGGAUGGCUCUGUGGGUGUUUAUUCCAUUUCAGGACACACAGUAAGGGGUGCGGAUGGAAUCGGAGAUAGUGAAAAUUUGAGCUGUCAUUUGAAAGAAUGCUAUUUUGACACAGUACCAAUGACAUGGUUUCCACUCGCAACACCCAAUAUUACAUGGUCGUAGCUUCUGUGGUAUG